GUGCUAGGUGAACCUUCGCGCGCGACCGAUUGCCCGCUCAAAUAUCUCUUGCGCAUGCGCUGAUUGCUAGGCAUGGAGAACACAAAGUCUGUAGUACGUAUAAAGGGCUUCGCUCUUUAGCGUAAGUUAACGCCCUCGUGUCGCUUAACUUCUCACUUGCAGGUUCAGUUCUGUAGUGCUUAGAGGUAUCCAGGCUUCCUCGUAAAGAUGUCGUUGACAAGAAAACGCGAGAACACAAUAAACUUCUCACCUGGCCCAGCGGCCCUACCGGACGAGGUUGUCCGGGAAGCGCGGGAGAACGUGAUGAACUACAAGGGACUCGGCCUGGGCGUUAUGGAACUGAGUCACAGAUCACCAGAGUACACUGCCCUCAACCUACAGACACAAGACCUCCUCAGAUCACUUCUCCACAUCCCCUCCAACUACCAAGUACUAUUCCAGCAAGGUGGCGGGACGGCUCAGUUUGCAGCAAUACCUCUAAACCUCACACCAUCAGAAGACACGACGGCAGACUAUUUCAUCACCGGGAUGUGGUCGCAGAAGGCGGCAAAAGAAGGAGAGAAAUUUGUCAAAGUCAACCACGUCCUUUCGAAGGCCGACGGUGGUUACAUGACAAUACCGGAACAGUCGCAGUGGAAUCUCACACCGGGCGCAGGUUUUGUCUACUACUGUGCCAACGAAACUGUACACGGAGUGGAAUUCCCGGAGCCGCCCGAUGUGGGGUCGGUUCCUCUCGUCUGCGAUGCUUCUUCAAACUUCCUCACCAGACCCAUUGAUAUUGCCAAGCAUGCUGUGGUGUAUGCUGGAGCCCAAAAGAAUGUUGGCUGUGCUGGAGUCACUGUCGUCAUAGUCAGAGAAGAUCUGCUGGGGAAGUGCAGACCGUACACUCCCGUUGUCCUGGACUACGCCGUCACAGCGAAGGCCAAGUCGGUAUACAACACUCCACCAGUAUGGAGUGUCUAUAUUCUCAACCUGGUCCUCAAAUGGAUCCAGAAACAUGGAGGAGUUGAGGCUAUGGAGAGAAACCGUGUGGCCAAGUUCCAGAGCCUGAUAAGCGUGAUUGACCAGUCGGGCGGGUUUUACCGCAUUCCCGUGGAGCGCCGGUUCUGUUCGCACGUCAACAUUCCGUUCCGAAUCACUGUUGCCGGGGAAGCGAACUCUGACCUCGAGGCAAAGUUCCUAAGUGACGCUGCUGCUCUGGGACUUGUUCAGUUGAAGGGUCAUCGAUCGGUCGGUGGCAUAAGAGUGUGUCUCUACAACGCAAUCUCCUGCGAAGACGUUCAAAAACUCGCUUCUUUCAUGAGUCACUUCAUGCUCCAGAACAGAAACUGACCGAUUGCCCUCGGGGCAAGUGGGGAAACCCCCAUUGCUAUGGCAAUGAUAUACAAUCAUUUCCCCAUGGUGAUUGACUGAUUGAUAUACUAAUUGUUAUUGUUUUGCUGGUUAUUGAGGCAACUAUACGCUGGCAAACUCUGUGUGCAAUGUACACAGAGUUUGUUUGUUUGGUCGAUUAUUAUAUAAUGUUACAUGAAUGACUCUCUUAUCGUUGUAUAAUUAUGAUGAUGAUAAUUAUCAUUGAUUUUGUGGACCUAACUUGUGACAGAGCAAGUAUAAAGUUU